GAUGUGAAAGCUGUUGCUGGUCAGUGAGGACAGCUCGCUCAUGGAGUGACACCAGUUUCCCAGCAUGCAGCAGGAGCUGUGGCUCAGAGCCAAAUCUCAGGUGAUCGCCUCCCUGAAAGCAGUGUGUGCAAUGAGGGCAGCCGCCUCUCACCCUCCUCCACCACCGUACGAGCUUGAGCUGAAGAGCGCUCUUUCCUCCAGUGAUGGCAGCUCUCUGAGACCAACACACCUCAGGACUCGGGUGACCAACGGCACGUUAAGCAACAGUCAUGGGUUUCCACAGGGCCAUAACAGAGAAAAUGCAGAUAAACCAAGUACUGGUGAGAGUCCGAGGAAUCUAAACAACCCAGUGAAGGCUUCGAGGAGCCAUCAGGAGCUGCACAGAGAGCUGCUUAUGGCCCACAGGAAGGGUCUGGCAGUGUGCUGUAAACCCGAGCUGCAGAUGGUUCUGGAGAGGAGGAAGAAGGAGCAGACCCAGAGAGAGGAGGGGGAACAGUGCAGGAGCCCAUUGGAGCAGGUUCUCCUCCAACGACAACAGAAGCAGCAGGAGGUGACGAAAGAAAAGGAACAAGAAGAGAAGAUACGGCACGAGAUACAGCUUCUGGAGUUUAUCCGAGUGCGACAGAAUUUGAGGAAAGUGCAUUCAGCGCUACACAAGAACACCACCUCCUGAAUAUCAG